AUGGCGCGGUGCUGGAGCUGCGAAAGACUCUGUUUUUACGGCCUUUUGCCGGCAUCAAAGAAACGGCCUUUCUCAUACGUUCCUGUUUCUCCCUGUUGGCCCUCCCCUUCUCUCUUUCUUUCCAGCUCUUUUUCACCUCUCCACCGACCGUCUCCGCGUUCUUCUCGCGGCUCUCGACGUUCCGAGUCGACCGAGCCUGCCGGCGAGCACAGCGACGCGCAUGUGCCGUCAGAGAAUUCCGCUUUUUCGCUUUUUCUGAGAAACAAAGGAACACACACAAUAGUCCGAACAACGGCCGUUCGCUCGUCAGCUCCGGCAACGCCCGGACAAGGUUUUGAGCAAGCAUUUGACUCUUGCGGCUGCCGCUGGAAAACUGGGGACGUUGAGGGUGUCUCUGCUGCCUGUGGCGCUUGGCAAGAGCCAGAGUGCGUUGCUUCUCGUUCCUCCUGCCCUUCGUCUCUGCCGUCCCUCCCCCAUAAAGCUCGUGCUUUGUCUCCAUCGUCCUCCGCGUCUUCCGUGUGUUGCCGAGGUCGCAAAUCUGCAUUUUCUUCUUCUCGCGUAAAGCACUCUAUUCAAGGUCGCAUCGCAUCUUCAAGGACUCUCUGUCGGUCCUCUGGGUGUGGUUGCAGGCGUCUGGCUUCCUCCCUUUCUCCUCGUCUCCCCGAAAACAUACCGUCCGACUUCGCCUCUUCAGGUCGGUUUGCAGAGGCGCUCGCAUCGUCUCUGCGCUUUCAACUUGAUCUUUCUCCGCUACCGCCUCUCUCUCCGUCUCUCCCUGCUUCUCUUGCGUCUUCUGGAGCUGCUUGCUUUCCCUCCACUUCCCGGUGUUUCUCCUCUCUCUCUUCCUCCCCUUGUGCGUUUUCUGCAACUCCCUGCUCCAACGCUGCGGACGCUCGGCUGUCUCUGCGUUCACCGUUGUGUUGGUUGCCUCUGUCGUCUCUCGGCUCGGAUUCGCCUCCUUGCGGUUCUUCCGCGCUUCCUUCGUUUCGUCGUCGAUGCCUUUCAGUUUCCUCGCGUCUCGCGCGGAUCAUGUGUGACCUGGAAAGAACACAAAAACAAGGGUGCCGCCAAGACGAAGAGACUCCAGAAAGCGUCGGUUCUGAGAGAAGACAGGAGGAGAGGGCAAAUCAUCAGACAGCGCUUGCAAAGAGCGAACGCGAGGAAGAAGAGCGAGGAGAAGAUGAAGAGCAGCGAGAAAGAAACAACUCCCAGGAAGGAGAAAACAACCAGGAGGACAACAGAGACCAAGUUCCGUCCACGGGGCAGAACAGCUUCUUCGGGCGUCGGGGGAGACAGACGCGACGUCGACUCUGGCUCCAGAAUCGUUUAGAGGGUCACAAGUCUGUCAACAGCUUCGUUCCCUUUUCUGACUCGUCUCAUGCUUCCAACAGGCCGUUGACGUCUUUCGAUGCUGCUUCCACCUCUUCCUCCGCCUCAUCGUAUGCUUCGCUCGUUUCGCGGUCUCCAUCUUCGGAUUGUCCCGAGACUUCUCUCUCUUCUUCUCCUUCUCUCUCUUCUUCUCCUUCUCGCUCUUCUUCUCCUUCUCUCUCUUCUUCCUCGGUGCUUUAUUCGGGAGGCACAGCGAGCGCGAGAGUCGCCUCAACGACGACCGAGAAGCUGCGAUGGGAUGUGAUGAAGAGCUUGACGGAAGAGGACGUCGAGAACUUUCCUCGCUACGAGAAGCCUUUCGUGGAUUUCUUGUGGUGCGAGGCCAAGGCCGGCAAUGGAGGCAAGCCGAAGAAGAAUGCAGUUCGAAGUCGCAACUUUCGAGGUCCAGGGUACGGUGGACACGGUGGAAAUGUGAUUUUGGAGGCCGACCAGCGGUGCGGGGAUCUGCUGCAAGUUGAGCAGAAACUGCAGGCGGACGACGGCGGCGACGCAGAAGGCACGAGCCGCGGCUUGCAUGCAAAAGAUAGAAUUGUCAAAGUGCCAUUGGGCACUAUCGUGAGGAAACGCGUUGCGACGGGUCGCCUCAGUCCCGAGGGACGACGCUACAAGCAGAGUCUCUUUUGGUUCCAAUUUCUGUUCAACAAACAGAGCCUGGCAGUUGCGGCGGGGGGGCGCGGGGGCCUCGCGCCCAGCAGCUUCAAGAAGAAAGAUGGACGGCUACCAGAGCCUGGCGAAAGAACUUUUCUUGAACUCGAGCUGAGACUCCUGAACGACGUCGCCCUGGUUGGGGCACCCAACAGCGGGAAAACCUCCUUCGCUGCCGCGGUCACGAGAUACCAAUCGAAAAUUGGAUCGGAGAGCAUGCAGACGCGGCGGCCUCACAUUGGCACGUUGCGUUACGUCGACGGGGUCGAGUUCAAGUUGAUGGAUCUCCCAGCUGUCUGUCCAGGAGCGCACCAAGACAAAAGCCGAGGCAUGCGCAUUCUUCGUCACCUCUAUCGCUCUCGACUUUUGGUGUACGUGCUCGACGUCGCGCGAGGAGCCUUGCUUCAUCCGGGACAGAACACAACGGUGACAGAAGAGAGACUGCUUCUGACAGAAGAUCAUCCCCUCACUGGCGCGGAAGGAACGUCGAGGUACUUUGCGGCAGAAGGCAGGCGCGAUGCCCUGGGCGACAGCGAAGGCCCUGCAUGCGGGGGCGUCACCGGACAAGGUGAUCCAUUUGAAGACUUUCUCUAUCUGCGAGAGGAGGUCAUGAAGCACCGCAAAGAUAACGAGGGAAAGAAGGAACUGGUCAUCGCCACAAAGUGCGACGCCUUGCAUCGGGGAUCUUUGUACCACCUGGACUCCCUUUACUACCGAAUGCGAAAUCAGUUUCCAGAGAUUCCUAUCGUAGGCGUUUCAGCGCGAUUCGGCUUGGGCUUGCAAGAAGCUGUGAGCACUAUUCGCCAGCUGUUGGGUCCCGAGGAUUGGCUAGUCAAAGAGCGCCGCGUUCAGAUGGAAAAAUCGUGGGAGGAGUUUUUACUUCCGAAUCGGGCUGAAGAAGACAAGGCUCUGCGAAGACUCGAUUACUUCCCCCUUCCCCCCGUCAACCUCCCGGCAAAUGUCGGCGCCUCGUUGCACCCGCCUCCACCCCUGACAAUGAAGAUUGUCGGUUCGCAUGGCUUUUCUCACUGUCAUGAGAACAUUCCAGUGAAAGAGUCGAACCCCCUGACAGGCGAAACGAGUGCUCCACGCCUUGAAGACGAAUGGUGCGACUAUACAGAUUCAGAAAACGUUUGA